GAGCUUGAAAUAUUGAAGCGGCGUCCUAUGAGAGCGAGCGGAGAGAGAAGCGUUGAUGGAGAGCAUUUUCUGCAGCGUGUAAUCGCCGCAUCCUUACAUGCGCAUUAAUGCUCACAUUAUAAAGCCAUGAACAUCCAAAGCGUUGUCAGUGAACCCGUAUUUUAGAGAAUCUACUACCUAGAGAGAGAGGGAGAGAGGAGGAGAGAGAGUUAGCGAGCGAGAGCAAAGAGACCCCACGCAAGCGCGUAAAAUUUUGCGGGGUGUCUAUUUCACAUAUAAAGCCAGGUUGAUGUGAGUUUUGUUUUUUUUUAAUUCUUUUUUUUAAAGGGAGCCUGUCGGUCCGGUGCAUGGAAAAGCUAUUCUGGAUAAUGAGCGGACCAGAGAGGACGCGCAUAACCCCCACGUUGACUGCAAACAACGCGCAAUUUUGACGCCAUUGCAUUGCGCUUCGAUUUGUUUGUUUGUUUUUUUACCCCGAAUCAUUCUCGUGUUGACAUUUCAACAUAAAAAAGUGCUCUCUUCAAACAUAUCAGCGUGUCUUUUGAACGGAAUGAGAGGAGGCGGAGGAGGAGGAGGAGGAAAAAGGGGCUGCUGUGCUUUUUUUGGGGGGGUGGAAACGCCGGACGGAACCCGGGAAGGUGUGCUGAUGUGCCAAUGCCUGUGCGUCUCCUGAGAAAUAAUCACGUCCGCGCAAGAAAUGGCCUAGUUACAAACACCGGAGAGGACACAAAAGGGACUUUGACUCGGUUAAGGAGCGCCGUCAUCUUUGGAAAUGCGUUGCUGUUUUCUGAAGGUGUAAUUGGCCUCCUGACUGCAACUUUGAUCCCAUCAAGAGAUCUAAAGAGGAAGACAGAUGAGCUCGCAGGUUCAAAGUGAGAAUGCUACCAAAACCACCACAGCAACAUGCCACUCAAGGAAAACUAUUAACACAUCCCGUGACAAAAGUCCUCUUUCUGCCUUCGCUCUCCUCGAUGACUGAAUCUGUGAUCAUCAAGCUGAUGUCUUAUUAAGAUGACUAAAGGAGCAUUUAUUUUGGACAUGUUGUUUUUUGCUCUUAAUGCUGCCACCAACCAAGGCUUUGGUGGGAAACGUCACCGUACCCCUCAAAGGAAUGCUAAUCCCUGUCUGGUUUGGCUCUUGGGGCUCGUUCUACAACUGACCCUCUCCUCAUGUCAGCGAGUUGACAAAAACCCAAUCGUCUCCACGGGCUACGGAAAGAUACGUGGUGUCAGAAAGGAGCUCAACAAUGAGAUUUUGGGCCCCGUGGAACAAUACUUGGGAGUACCCUACGCCACCGCACCCAUCGGCGAACGCCGCUUCCAACCUCCCGAGGCUCCAGGCUCCUGGCAGGAGAUUCGUAACGCCACGCAAUUUGCACCCGUGUGUCCCCAGAACGUGCACGGAGUGUUACCUGAGAUCAUGCUACCCGUGUGGUUCACAGACAAUCUGGAUGCCGCAGCCACCUAUGUUCAGAACCAGAGCGAGGACUGCCUUUAUCUCAACAUCUACGUACCAACAGAGGACGGUCCACUUACGAAAAAACAGGACGAAUCAACAAUGAACAGACCCCGCGAUGAAGAUAUUCGCGAUCGACGUAAGAAGCCGGUGAUGUUGUUCAUCCAUGGCGGCUCCUACAUGGAAGGCUCGGGGAACAUGUUCGACGGCAGCGUCCUUGCAGCGUACGGAAAUGUCAUCGUGGUCACCAUGAACUAUCGACUGGGUGUGCUUGGCUUUUUGAGCACAGGGGACCAGUCUGCCAAGGGGAACUACGGUUUGUUGGAUCAGAUCCAGGCGCUGCGCUGGCUCCAUGAAAAUAUUGGCCACUUUGGAGGCGACCCGGAGAGAAUCACCAUCUUUGGCUCGGGAGCCGGCGCUACCUGUGUGAACCUUCUUAUCCUCUCUCAUCACUCAGAAGGUUUGUUUCAGAGGGCCAUUGCCCAGAGUGGCUCUGCCAUUUCCAGCUGGUCAGUCAACUACCGACCGGUCAUGUACACCAAAAUUCUCGCAAAGAAGGUUGGUUGCACUCUGGGGGACAUGGCAGAGUUAGUGGACUGCCUGAGGCGGAAGAGUUUCCGGGAGCUGGUGGACCAAGACAUACAGCCUGCGCGCUAUCACAUUGCCUUCGGACCUGUUGUCGAUGGUGAUGUGGUGCCUGAUGACCCGGAGAUUCUCAUGCAGCAGGGUGAGUUCCUGAACUACGACAUAUUGCUGGGGGUCAAUCAAGGAGAAGGUCUGAAAUUUGUGGAUGACAGCGAAGGAGAAGAUGGCAUAUCCGGACCCUCGUUUGACUACACCAUCUCCAACUUUGUCGACAAUCUUUAUGGAUACCCUGAUGGUAAAGAUAUCCUGAGGGAGACCAUCAAGUUCAUGUAUACAGACUGGGCAGACCGGGACAACAGUGACAUGCGUCGGAAAACCCUCUUGGCUCUCUUCACAGACCACCAGUGGGUGGCUCCAGCGGUGGCCACCGCCAAACUGCACGCCGAGUUCCAAUCACCCGUCUUCUUCUACACGUUCCACCACCACUGUCAGACGGAGGCACGGCCUGACUGGGCUGACGCAGCCCACGGAGAUGAGAUUCCCUACGUGUUUGGCAUUCCCAUGGUUGGAGCCACGGAUUUAUUCCCAUGUAACUUCUCGAAGAAUGACGUGAUGCUCAGUGCUGUGGUCAUGACCUACUGGACCAACUUCGCCAAAACGGGUGAUCCGAACCUACCAGUUCCUCAGGACACCACGUUCAUCCACACCAAACCGAACCGUUUUGAGGAAGUCAUCUGGACCAAGUUCAGCUCCAAAGACAAGCAGUACCUGCAUAUCGGCCUCAAGCCCCGCGUCAGAGACAACUACCGGGCCAACAAGGUAGCCUUCUGGCUGGAGUUGGUACCACACCUCCACAGCCUGCACAAGCAAAUAAUCAGCUCCAUCACGACCCGACUGCCGCCCGGAGGGAACCCCCGCGGUAAGGUCAACCACAACACCGGUACCCACUCCACAAGGCACCCCGUAAUCUCCACCUAUCCUCCCGAGCCCGAUGGCUCAGAGAGACCCCGCAACACUCCCUUCCCUCCCGAGACGAGGGACUAUUCCACGGAGCUAAGCGUGACGGUGGCCGUGGGCGCUUCUCUCCUUUUCCUCAACGUCUUGGCCUUUGCCGCGCUUUACUACAAACGAGACAAGCGCCACGAACUCAUGCAGAGGCGUCACCGCCGCCUGUCCCCGCAGCGCGGCGCGACCAUGGGCAUGGGCAUGGGCGUCGGCCUGGGCGUCGUCGGGUCCCCGCCGCACAACGACCUGGCCCUGAGUCAGGAAGAGGAGCUGAUGUCACUGCAGAUGAAGCAGCAAAGAGUGGAGCUGGAGCACGGCACCCCCCUCCCUUCCCGCGGCAUCCACGGCGACCUGGAACCUUUGCGGCCCCCGGUGUGCCCGCCCGACUACACGCUGGCGCUGCGGCGGGCGCCGGAGGAUGUGCCGCUCAUGACGGCCAACACCAUCACCAUCAUCCCCAGCACCAUCAGCAGUAUGCAGCCCCUCCACCCUUUCAACACGUACCCGCCCGUGCCAGCCCCCUCCACUACACCCGUCCCCAGCCACAGCAACAAUGCCUUGCCACACCAACACUCCACUACUCGCGUAUAGGACCCGGCACAACCCCCGCAGCCCGACUGCGGGCACGCGCCAUACAUCGUCACCCUCAUUACCCUCUUACUCUUCUCUACUAGGUAUUUUUCAUGAAGCCCUUCAAUAAAGCUGCAGUUUGUAAGAUUUUAAGCAGUGACAAAUACCUCUAUAAGCGUCAUCGCCGGUCAAGGGUCGGUCGGGUUGACUGUGAUUUCUGAGAGACAAGCGAUUACAAAUAACAUUGUGCAUCCAAAUCUUAUUCUUCCGCUUGCUUUUUUUCUUUUUCUUUUUGGGCAUUCGCGACAACCCCGCCAGCACACAAGGACUCGACAAAGUUGUGCGGCUGAUUAUUUUCUCGGCCUAAAUUUUGGUCACAAAUGUUCCAAGUUGUAUUUUUGGUUUUUGUUUUUUGGUUAGGAAGUCAAAGGUGAACUAAGGACAAGAAAAGUCACGAUGUGGCCACGAUGCCUUGGCAUUGCGUUCAAGCACUUAGUAGGAAUCCAAUCCGAUUGCUCUGAUGUCAAACCUGCGCCGCUCGCCGCCUAUUGGGAAAAUAUUUUCCUGAGGAUCAUUAGUAUGGGCAGUGAUAUAUCAACCAGUGUUACAGGCCUCAAUUCAUUUCUUUCAUUAGAAUGUCAGCUCAGCAAUUACUUGGAAUUCACAAGGACAGUACAUCACAGUUUGCGGGUUGUAUUUUUUUUUCUGCUAAUUUCAAACAUAGCUAAUUCCAUAGCCAUUUCCCAUCACAUUCUAAUUCAAUCAACGACCACUAGGAGCUUCGCUUGAUUUUCCUUUCGUUCAAAAACUAAAGACACCGAAAGGUGAGAUAAAUGGAUUCGCCACAAGGUUAAAGCACUUACCAAACAUCUAAUCAGAUGAU